AUGCGACGACGGAGGAUUCGCGUGGCGCCGAGCGCGGGAUCGCGGGACGACGACGACGCGGGAUGGGAUGAGGGACCGAUCGGCGGCGACGAGGACGACGCGCGCUGGGGCGGGGCGCCGACGAAGUCGCGAGAGGACGACGGGGACGAUUGGUUCGGAAGCAUGACUUCGAUGGACGUAGACGCGUAUGGGGACGUAAUGAUGGGCGGUAAGCGUUCGAGCGGGUCGACGGCGUCGUCCGCCGCCGAUGACAUCAUCGACGGCGCGAACGACUGGUUCAACAACAACGACGACUGGUUCGAGCCGCAGUACAAGGAAGUGAACGCGCCGCCGGGAACGAUGCUGGAAAAGGUUCAACGCAUGACUCUGAACGAACCGUCGGACUUUAGCUUCAAGGAUGGGGAGUAUUUUGACUUGAUGGGAUACGUCAAGCACAAGACGGAUAACGAGUUUUGCUUGGUGCUCGAGGUGGCGGAACGCGCGCGAGAACGCAAGCUCGAAAGAUCCGAGAGUUUAAGCGGCACCGGGCCGCGUUUGCCCCCGAUUCAACAGGCAAUCGCGGAUUUAGCGCUCGAGAUCGAGUUGAGCGGAGGCAAGACGUCGGCGUACUUGGCGAUGCGAGAAGCCGCCGAUCGGGCGCGCUUGCGCUACGAGCUUCAACAGGCUUCGUGGUGUUGGGACAAGUACUCCGAAGACUCCAUGCGCGCAUUGGGUGUGAGUGAAAAGGCGGAGCAGAUGCUGCACCAAGGCGAGCGCAUCGACGAAGCUAUGGAUUUCGAGCGGGAACUCAUGAUUGAGGACAUGAACGACUCGGGCACUCGACGAUUCUAA